AUGUCAAAUAAUCAAUAUGAAUUAGUUCAACAUUGUAUUGAUACGAAUGAAUUCGUAACAAUAGAAUUUAAUAAUCGUUAUUUAUUAUUUCAUCAAAAUCUAAUUCAACAUUCAAAUAAUCAUCAAUUAGAUUUAAAAUUAUCAUCAAUUAUUGUUCGAAAAAUUUUUGGCUACAAUUUAUUAUCAAUUAAAGAUGCAAAAAUAACAAUUCAUGUUAAUUCAUCAUUUUAUGAUACGAUUAUAUUUGCUGAUACAUCAAUUGUCUAUAUACGUAAACGAACAUUAAUUAAUGAUAAUGAUCAAAAUGAUAAUAUUAAAAAAUUUAAAAUACUUCCAUAUUAUGUAUAUGAAGAUUUAGAAUUACUUAAAAAUAUUGGAAUGUCAAAAGAUGAUAUUGAUUUAUUUAUUAAAAAACUUAAUGCAAAUGAUAAUAUAGAUUUAUUUAAUUCAAAUAAAUAUGAUCAUAUUAUUCAACGAAUAAUUAAAUAUACUGAUAUAUCAACAAGAUUAAAAUGUCGACAAGUUUCACAUAAAUGGAAAAAUUUUGUUGAUAGUUCAAUUGCGUGGAAUCAUGUUAAAUUAUCAAAACUUUGUCGAUAUGUUGAUCGAGCAUUGAAUUAUUUUCAAAAUAUUGAUAUACGAGAAUUGGACCUUUCUGAAUCAACAUUUGAAGCAACAGCAUUUGAAUUAUAUAGUCAAUUUUAUUUAUAUUCAUUACGAUCACUUUGUAUAUCAACUGAUCAUCCAUUAGAAUUAUUUACAUUAUUAUUUAAAAUAUCUCCAUUUUUACAACAUAUUAGAUUAAUUCAAACUUAUAAUUCAUCAAUAAAAUUUAAAAAUAAUAAUCAUUUAUAUGAUUGUAUUCAUUUUGUUAUAUGUCAAUGUCAAGAACAAUUGAAAUGUUUACGUCGUUUACAUAUUCAAUUACGAUCUGUAUCUGAUCAGAUGGUUGAAGAAAAAACUUUUCAAUUAUGGCGUCGUUUACUCAUUAUUUCUAAUAUCUUUUAUAUACUAUUGGCAUUAACAUUUUUAUUUUUUGCCAUAUUUACACGAGUUAAUUCUUUAAUAAUAGAUCUUCAUUUAUUUGUUGGGUUACUUAUAUUGAGUUUAUUUUUAAUAUUUUUAUCCAUAUUUGGUAUAAUUGCUGCUGCAAAACAUCAUCAAGUAUUAUUAUUUUUUUAUAUUAUUCUUUUAGUUAUAUUAUUUCUAUUUCAAUUUAUUCUUGCAUGUACUUAUUUAACAAUACGUGGUGAAAAAAAAUAUGAUUUAUUAAAAGAAAGUUAUAAAAAAUCAACUGAUCAUAUACAAUUAAAAUAUAAUUGUUGUGGAUUUGAUAAUUUAACAAGCUUUAAUCGUGAUGUAACAUGUCAAAAUUUACCUUGUUGUCAUAUAUCAAGUCAAUGUUGUGAAACAUUAUCUAUGUGUUACAUAUCAUUAAAUAACGAACUUGAUAAAAAUUUACAAAUUAUUGGCUCAAUUAUGCUCAUAUUUACAUUAACACAAAUAAUUAUUAUUUAUAUGACAUUAAAAUUUCGAAAUUUUCGAAAUCCAGCAAUACUUAUUUAA